UCCAAUCGAAUAGAUAUCGUGCUUUCGAUAAUAAAACACAAAGAGCAUAAACAAAUCCAAUUUAUUCAAAGUAUUAACACCAAAAGCACUUUGUCCAAAAAAUGAUCACCGGACAACAUCUCGGCAUUGGAUCCACGAAGCCAAUUUUUCCUGACGACGGCCUGUUGCAUUUGUAUUCUAUGCGCUUUUGUCCUUAUGCGCACCGCGUCCAUUUGGUUCUAGACGCAAAGAACAUUCCCCAUCACACAAUUAACAUAAAUCUUCGGGAAAAGCCAGACUGGUUUGUCAACAAUGUUAGCACAACCGGCAAGGUUCCGGUAUUGGAACUUCCCACAGAAUCUGGAACUCCAACACUAGUUGAAUCUCUUAUUAUCUGCGAUUAUUUGGAUGAAAAAUAUCCGCAAAGGCCGUUAUAUUCUAGGGAUCCACUAAGGCGGGCACAGGAUAGGAUACUUAUCCAGCGCUUUAGUCAGUUUAUUGAUGAUAUUUAUAAGCUUUUGUUGCCCAAUAGCCCCACUGAGUUAGGCACUACCGAUUUGUAUGCCGGCUUGGAUAUUUACGAGAAAGAGUUGAAUCUCCGAGAAACUGCGUAUUUUGGUGGGGAAGCACCUGGUAUGCUUGACUAUAUGAUUUGGCCAUGGUGUGAGCGCUUUCCGGCUCUUAAAUAUGAGCUGGGUUUUGAAAUAGUACUGGACCCAAAACGCUUUGGUAAUUUGCUUAGGUGGCGCGAUUUGAUGCUUGAUGAUACUCCUGUAAAAAAGUCCUAUUUGGAUGGAGAAACUCAUGCAAAGUAUAUGCGUUCCCGUCGCGCUGGCGAGACGGAAUAUGAUAUGCUCUACAUUCCCGCCAAGAAACCCAGGUUGUGUUAAAUGGUAAAGCUAUUACUCAGCUAUGAACACAACUAUAAUUUUUGCAUUUAUUUUUAUUGCAAUUUAUUUUGAAUUUGAAUUGUAUAUGAACAAAAUAAAAACCAGCGGGCUAACACCUAUCGCUAUCGAUAAA